CUACUGAAAGAAGACGAAUGAGCCAACGGUCAGACGCGGCUCAUUUUUGGAAAUCUCAGACUCGUCUCAUUUUUACUUCUCCCUCUUCUUCCUCACAUCCAUCGCCCUAGGGUUUAUCGCUCGCCAGCAAACCCCUUUUUCGUCCUUUUUCUCUUCUUCUUCGAUCUUAAAAUCGCUUCUGUUGCUGAACGUUCUGAGUCGACUCGGAGUUCUGGACUGGACUCGGUUAGUCUAGAAUAAGAAAGAAUCAUGAAUCCCGAGCUUUUGGAAAUUCAACCUAAGGAAUUGAAAUUCGUGUUUGAAUUGAAGAAACAAUGUCAUUGCUCUGUGCAACUUGUCAAUAACUCCGACGAAUAUGUUGCUUUCAAGGUUAAAACUACUUCUCCAAAGAAAUAUAGUGUCCGCCCAAACACAGGCAUUGUUUUACCAAAGUCAACUUGUGAUUUUACAGUUACUAUGCAAGCUCAACAGGCCGCUCCACCUGAUAUCCAAUGCAGAGAUAAGUUCCUAAUCCAAAGCAUGGUCGUUCCCUUUGGGACUACUGUGGAGGACAUUACAUCAAGCCUUUUCACCAAAGAAAAUGGAAGAUAUAUUGAAGAGAACAAGUUGAAGGUUAUCCUUGUUAGUCUGCCCCAUUCUCAAGUAUUGCUGCCCAUUAAUGGAGCUUUGAAGCAAGAUCCAGCUCAUGAAACAUCUACGUUGAGAGAUCAUCUAUUGAGUGGAGAUGAAAACCUUCCUCCUCAUGUUGUUGUACCUAAGCAUGUCGAGCUAGCUAAGGAUGUCGAGGCAGCUAAAGAUGUUGAGUUAGCUAAGGAUGUUGAGGCAGCUAAAGAUGCCGAGCUAGCUAAGGAUGUCGAGGCAGCUAAAGAAGUCGAGGAGUUGAAAACAAAGCUAAAUGAAUUGGCAGCAAAGAUACACGAGGCAGAGAAGACCGUCACCAGCCUGACAGAAGAGAGGACCACCGCCAUUCAAGCAAGGGAUAUGUUACAACAAGAACUCGCAUUGGCAAGAAAGAAGAGCAAUGUCCAAGUUCGGGUCGGUUUUCCCCUUCUGUUUGUGUGUCUCGUUGCUCUCAUCAGUGUGAUAACUGGGUACUUUUUGCACACAUAAGACCCAUCUGAUGGCUGGGCCGCACCGUCCGUCUCGGAAUCUAGGUGACAGGAGCAUGUCCAGAGUCUUGUUAGUGAUGGUAGAAAUUUAGAAGAAAAGGAUCCUCAGUCUUAGAUUAGUUACAAGGGGAAAACUAACUGGCGCGAGUGCACUAAUUUUCUUAUCCGUUACACUGCACUCAAAUGGGGAACAUGGCACAGCGGACAAAGAUCUGGAAUGUUCGUUCAUCAGUUCCACUGUGGAUGGAUGGACCACUCUUCUCAAAUCACAUGGAUUAUAUUCUUGCUUAUCCAGCAGGCUGACAUUUUCACUUUCAGUGCUGUCUAAUCUUACCUGCUGUCCGUGUUCAAUCAACUGAUCAAAGGGUUAAUAGCCUUCGAUGUACUAUGACUAGACACCGGUGUGGCCCAUCCAACAAAUGGUGCAGAUCAUGUACCUCUAUGCCACAUGUCCAGUUUGAGUGCUGCGCAUCGGACGGCAAAAAUGGUGCACUGCUUUCCAGUUAGGUUUUCUUAGCUAAAUGCAUGUUGUUUGUUUGUCAGAUUAUUUUGGUGAUUUAGCAUGUUAUAUGUAAAGUGAACUAAUUUCUUCAAAUAAAGAUGAAAUUAAAAAGAAAAAAUGUUUUACUUUUCAUGCAAACAAA